AAAGUUUGAGGUCAAUGUUUUUGUUCGUUCUCGCGCACUGGAACUAGCCAGCUAGUCACGUUUCAUUUAGGAAAUAAAAUGGACUGUCAACCUAAUAAAUAAACCGAUUGGCAGAAUUUUGGAGACGUUUAUCAUAGGGGGAUGGCUGAAUUAGCCUCAGCCCUCUCGAAAGAAGGCUGGUACCUUUCUGAUGAAGGCAUAAAAGAGUGCAAAGGUUCUACCGAAAAAGCCUCAGCCAGUGACAUCAUUCGCAUCGCACUCAAUAACGACCUGCGACCCAUCGGAAAGAGCUUUCUGCCAACAGAUAUCAACAGCGGAAGAGUAGAAAAGGUUGAGGGACCAUGUGUUCUCCAGGUCCAGAAGAUUCGGAAUGUGGCGGCCCCCAAGGACCACGAGGAAUCCCAGGGUGCUCCCAGGAUGCUCCGACUCCAGAUGACGGACGGUCACAGCACCUGCACGGGUAUCGAGUUCACACACCUGUCCAAGAUCAGUUUGAACACGCCGCCGGGUACCAAAGUCAAGUUGCUGGGUUCCAUAUCGGUGAAGAAUGGCAUUCUUCUGCUGGACGACUCCAAGAUCUCCGUGCUGGGGGGAGAUGUGGAGCACAUGGUCGAGAAGUGGGAACUGCAGCGGAGCCUGGCUAAACACAAGUUUCGGAGUAAUAUCGGGGCUGAGGGCGGACCACCUCCUUUUGUGCAAUUUGGACAGAAAUGUGUGCGUAAGGAAGAGGUGGACAGUCACGAGCUGGACCAAAGGAAGACCUUAAAGACGACCGAAGCUGCAAAGGGAGCAGACGAGAACGACGAGUUUGAGAGGCAAAGGAUUGCCGCCAUCGCAGAGAUUGCUAAGAGCAAGGAGACACGCACGUUCGGUGGAGGUGGCAGUGCGGGGAGCAACCUGACCAACCCCAGCUCAACCUACAGGAACAGGGAGAAUUACCAGCAGAGGCGGCGGGAGGACAGAGGAGAGAGGAGCACCACGGAGAGCAAGCCGGAGGGGAUGUACAGAGAUCUGGUGGACGAGCGAGCCCUGAGGGACUUCAUGGAGAUGGGCUUCAAUAGGGAGCUUGCACGCCAGGCCUUGCUGGACAACAACAACAACCUGGAGGUGGCGCUGAACUCCCUGCUGACCGGUGCCACUCAGCUAAAAGAACCCCCCCCAGAGGAGUACAGCAGACCCCCACCCAGAGGGAGAGGACGUGGACGGAGUAGAUCCAGAAUGGACGAGGAUGAGGAGGCCGGAGGAAGGCCCUCUGGGCCCAGUACGCUUUUCGACUUCCUGGAGUCCAAGAUGGGCGCCUUCUCCGUUGAUGACUCAAAGAGCCAAAGCCAGCCUCCAGAGAGGUACCAGCAGGAGCACCCACACAGGAUGACAUUCCCCAGCUCAGACGGCCCCAACAGGGACGCCCCCUAUUUCCGAAACCCUCCGCGUAACGAGGGGAGAGGCCAAAGGAACGACCGCCCCCCUCGGUUCCAGAGGGACACUGAUUUCCCCAAACCCGGCGGCGAGGCCUUCCCCCCGCCCCCUUCCUCUGGGCCCUCUCAGUCUCAGAGGGGGAGGGCGUCAGAAAGGGGCGGGAGGGCGGGGCAGGAUCGCCGGCAGGAUGACAGGCGCGAGGGGAGGAGCAACGGCACGUCGAACUCUUUGCCUUCGUCGUUCUCUGCUCCCUCUUUCUCAUCAUUCCCGUCUUCGUCCAAUCGGCGGCCGAGGGAGCAUCACCAAGGCCCAUCCGGAAGCUUCCAGCAGGAGGUCAGGGAUCACCAUCAGGGUUCCCGUGACAACAUGCACUCGGGCGGCCAUCCGCAAGGGUCACGAGACCAUGGUAGUGGGCCGCGGAACCAGCAACAGGGUCCAGAUUCUCAGAACCAGAAGAAAGGGCUGCUAAACGGGCCUGCACCCAAACCCUUCGAGUCGGCAGACCCCAGAGGGCGGGGAGAGCCCAACAACCGCAGGAAGGGGAACCGGUUCGAGCGGCCCAGCUCGGUCCACUAUGACCGCAAUUUGGAAGGCGGGGGGAAUCUGAACUCUGGUCCGUCAUUGGAGGAGGACAGGGGUGGGGCCAGACCACCGGGGGGAGGAAGGGUGAGUGGAGACAUGCACCUCCAAAAUGGUGAUUCAGAUCCCAGGCGAACAGGUCCCAUCAAGCAGCAGCAGCAGCAGCAGCAGCAGCAGCAGCAACAGCAGCAUCAGCAACCACAGAAGAACCCCACCUUUCUCAACUCGCAGCAUUACUCUAAAAAGAGGUCCGGAUCAAUCAAGAAUGCCAAAGGGUCAGAGCCAGGCCACAUGCCAGACAUGGGGGGCCAUGCCCCCUGGAGACCUGGCGACCAGUGCCUGGCACUUUACUGGGAGGACAACAAGUUCUACAGGGCGCGUGUUGAUGCUGUACAUCCCUCUGGCUCCACCGCUGUGGUAGUGUUCAGCGACUACGGCAACUGCGAGGAGGUCCUACUCAGCAACAUCAAGCCUGUGCACAUGGACAUGAAGAAGAGGAUGUUUACUUUGAAAACUCAGUCGAAUAUCGGCGAGGCGGAGACGGUCAGCCGAGGCGCACGCGGCCCACGCAGCAGUAUUACCAACCGCCCUGCGCCAGGGACUGAGCAGCUACACACACACACAUCACACACACCACCUGCACAGGAAGCAAGCAGGAACAGACGGCCGGCAGGGUAUCAUCUGAUGGGACCUGGAGGCGACAACUGAAGAGUAGAAACAUCUGCACCAUUGCUUCCCCCCCCCCCAUUUUUAUGGUUUAAAGUAUCUAGAACGAGGCGGGGAGAACCAUCCAAGGGCUUGCAACACAAGUUGCAAUAAAUGAAGAAAAAAAAUCCAAUAAUUUAUGAUGCAAGCAAGAGCAACAUGCUUGCUGUAUGUUGUGAGGAUUUGUAAAAAAUACUUGAUUAUGAUAAAUAAUAAAAACUAACUCUUUGUGUCA